AUGGGAUAUCACUUCAAAUUAAAGCACAUUUGGCGUAUAAUAUAUAAUAUUUUCAAUGAAUAUAUGGUAAAUUUUUUUGGUUGGCGCCGACGGGUUACCAGUGAUAAGAAACUUAAUGGACAGGUAGUUGUAAUUACCGGCGCUAACACUGGCAUCGGUAAAGAAACUGCAUAUCAACUCACACUAAGAGAGGCUAAGGUUUAUAUUUUGUGUCGGGAUCUAAAGAAAGGCGAAGCGGCCGUCAAUGAUAUCCUAUCAUUGAAUCCAAAGGCAAAUAUAAAACUACUUUCGCUGGACUUGUCUUCACUCAAAUCUGUCCGCAAAUGUGUGGAAGAGUUGUCGGGUUUGGAGACAAAAGUCGAUAUACUUAUCAAUAACGCCGGCGUUGCUCUCUGUCCGGAGUGGACAACGGCUGAUGGGUUUGAAAUGCAGUUUGGCACUAAUCACUUAGGUCAUUUCUUAUUUACACUACAUUUAAUUCCAAUGUUAAAGAACGCACCUGCAGCUCGUAUAAUAACCGUAUCUUCAGGCAUACACCUAUUUGGCCAAAUCCACCUUGAUAAUGUAAACCUCCGAAAUGGUACAUACAAUCCAUUCUUCUCGUACGCUCAGAGCAAACUCGCAAAUGUGUUGUUCAGCCGAGAAUUGGCCAAAAGGCUCCGCUAUUCAAACAUAAGUACCUAUAGUCUGACUCCCGGAGUGGUAAACACUGACCUGAGCCGUCACGUGGGCACGUCUGAGCCACGGGAGGGGUCGGUAUCGACCGAGAGUGGUUGGUUAAAGCGCAGGUUUUUUCUAACACCAUUGAUGGGAUCUCAGACCACACUCUACUGCGCUCUCGACGAUAAACUCGCAAAUGAAUCGGGAUUUUAUUAUAAACUACUUUCGCUGGACUUGUCUUCACUCACAUCUGUCCGCAAAUGUGUGGAAGAGUUGUCGGAUUUGGAGACAAAAGUCGAUAUACUUAUUAAUAACGCCGGAGUUAUGGCCUGUCCUGAGUGGCAAACGGAGGAUGGGUUUGAAAUGCAGUUUGGCACUAAUCACCUAGGUCAUUUUCUACUAACCAUGCACCUAUUACCAUUAUUACGAAGCUCGCCAGCAGCUCGUAUAAUCAAUGUUUCAUCGAGCAUGCAUUUAAUGGGCGAAAUAAACCUUGAUAACAUAAACUUACAACACGGUGUUUACGACCCAACCAAAGCGUACGCUCAGAGUAAACUGGCCAACGUAUUAUUCACCAGAGAAUUGGCCAAACGACUGGACAAAACCAAUGUUAACAUCUAUAGCCUAAACCCCGGUGCCAUCAGUACAGACCUGCAACGACACACCACAUUCAGCGACGGCUUUUUCAAACGCAACUUUUUCCUAAAACCCUGUUUGGGAUCUCAGACCACACUCUACUGCGCUCUCGACGAGUCGGUGGCCAAUGAAUCCGGUUUUUAUUACGAGUCCGUUAUAGUCGAGAUUAAUUGUCAUCGAGUGGACAGUAUGGUAGCCGAAGCCAUGGAUGACUCGACGGCCCGUAAAUUGUGGUCUUUGAGCGUCGAUUUGUCUGCUAUUCCGUUAACCACCAAGGAAGAUCUUAAAGCCUAUGGCCGUCGGGUUGCGAUACAUUCAAUACUUGCCGCCAUAGUCAUGAUUACAGCGGGUGUGAUAAUAUAUUUGGGAACAUUUGACAAUGGUAAAUAUCACGACAAAACCCGGAUCAAUCUCACCGAUGCUGGCGCUCAGCUCAAGUAUGUUUGCCGACACCAAACACCUGCCCUCUUAUGGCUAUUCCUGUCGAUGCUUUGGGUGAUAUCGAAACGGAUCGGCACCCGAGCGAUGAUACCCUGUUCAGGUAGCGAGGAUUUGACCGAGCUGGCCAAGAUGCAUUUUCUAAACACCCUGGAACAAUUCAUUAUG